AUGACAGCCUGGGGAGUAUUGCAUUUUGGUGUACAGACUUCAGGGCUGCAGAGUGACCUUGUGUUUGAAGAAAUUGGUCGUCGUGUAAAAGAGAUGGGAAAUGAAUUGGUAAAGAAAGUAAAUGCCAUUUUCCAAUGGGACAUCACUAAAGAUGGAAAAACAGCAAUGCAGUGGACAAUUGACUUAAAGAAUGGCUCUGGAGCAGUGUAUCAAGGACCUGCCAGAAGUUCUGCUGAUACCACCUUCACUCUCUCGGACGAGGAUUUCAUGGAUGUGGUACAACAAAAGACUAACCCCCAGAAGGCAUUCUUUUCUGGUAAACUGAAAGUGAAGGGGAACAUCAUGCUGAGCCAGAAAUUGGAAAUGAUCCUGAAAGAUUAUGCCAAGCUCUGAAGUGCUGGAUCAUCUACUACAAUGAAAACUUCAGAAGAUAGAAACUUCCAUUAGUUCAAAUCUUUUGCAGGCUACUUAAGAUGAAUGUACUGAUUCAUUAUACUGCUAAUACACAGGCUGAUUUAAUCGCUGUAGACAGAAGUUACAAAAUUAACUUAAUUCUUACUAUAGUCCCUUUUAAGUUCCUCAGGAAUGGUAGAGAAUCAUACUUUUCUCAUUGCAUACCUUUAUCUAAAUAAAAUGUAUGUAGUUCUUACAAAGAA